UUUUUCAACGCAUUCAUUCAAUCGAUUUCAUCCAUGAAAUGGUUCCAGUAUAAUGUCAAAGGUGUUGGAUCAAAAAUUGCUUUAGGUCGCAGAUGAAAUGGUUCCAGUAUAGUUUGAGGGAAUUCCUUACUUGUUUCAUCCAUGGGGGAGUGGGUAAUUGCAGCCAUUAUCAAUUUGUUAGGAAGCAUUAUCAUUAACUUUGGAACCAACCUCCUUAAAUUAGGCCACCAUGAGAGAAAGAAACACUCUAUGAAUGUAAAAGUUCCAAUCAAGAAGCCCAUUAUAUACUUCCAAACAUGGAGAAUUGGUAUAUUAUUCUUUGCAAUAGGAAAUUGUCUCAAUUUCAUUUCAUUUGGAUAUGCUGCUCAAUCACUUCUAGCAGCUUUAGGAUCUAUACAAUUCGUCUCCAACAUCGUUUUCGCCUACUUUCUUUCGAACAAAACAGUGACAAUCAAAAUAGUAUUAGCCACUGCCUUUAUUGUUGUUGGUAACAUAUUCCUUGUAGCCUUUGGCAAUCACCAGUCCCCUGUUUACAUGCCAGAGCAAUUGGCUGAAAAUUACACAAACAUUACAUUCCUUCUUUACUGUCUUACUUUGGUCUUAGUUAUUGCUCUACAUCAUUCAAUAUACAAGAGAGGAGAAGGCCAAAUGCUGGUUCCAUUUUCAUAUACAGUUGUUUCAGGUACAGGUGGAUUUUGGAUGGCGAGGUUAAACGAAGGACUUUCGCGCUUUGAUGCAAUACUUAUUGUCCCUAUGUUUCAAAUAGCUUGGACUUUUUUCUCCAUUUGUACUGGAUUUGUGUACUUUGAGGAAUACAAGGUGUUUGAUACUUUGAGAACAACAAUGUUCAUUCUUGGAAUGAUUUCUGUGUUUGUUGGCAUUUAUUUGCUAGCACCUGAAGAUGAUGAAUCAUAUUCAAAAGGAGGUGAAGUACUCAAGGAUGAGAAGAGGUUGUUCAUGUCAUCUCAAGACUCCCAAAUUAAGGAUAUAGAGAUCAUUUGGACAAGUUAUGGUGAUGAAAGCUGCUAACAUGAUUGGACCAAAUUCUCAUUUGAAGACGACGCUGUCGUAUAGGCGCAAUCAGGAUUUCAACGUUAUGGGUUCUGAAUUUUAGAACGACAAUUUUAAGUGUUAAUAAUUGGAUUCUACAUAUUUAAUGAAUUUCUCAAUACAAAUACAUUUUUUGAGCAAAAACUACAGAAUUCAGUCGAACAUGUAGACGGGCUUCUAGCUCCGCCCUUGGAUGGUGAGACGAUCUUGGAGACAACUGCAAUGCUGCACCAGGGUAUCAACUUGGACUAUGAGGGGGGUGACAUUGGUUCGUGGUGACGGACAUGACAAUGGCACGGGCAGAAAGGCUUUGUUGAAUCCCUUUCGUUGUCAAAAUUAUAUCUUGUAUAUAAGAUAAAUACAUUUUUUUUUUUGUAUAUAUUGAAAUUUUGGAAUUCCUUUCACA